AUAACCUUCAACAACUACAUGGAUACUGAUAACAUUGAUUAGGAGACCUCACUUUAGUGAGGAGCUCACAUCAUGAACCUGUCAUCAUCGUGUUGCAAUGCUGAUGUACAAAUUUCACACUCGCCAUUGCAGAUUGCACCCGAGCUGCAAGCACUUAUCUGUUCCUCAUGCCAACUAACUUUAGGAAUUCUAAAUGAAGACACAGUUCAAGAAACUGAAGAGUUUUUAACAGAUGUCAACAUUCCAUUGGGAGAUCACUGGAUAAAGAUAGCUGGCACUAACCACUCAGCUGUCCACUAUGUCUUGUCUCAGCUGAUUUAUCGGCCUGACACCACCAGAGGAGAAGUCCCUUACGCCCUACCAGACCCUGGAGACAUCGUGAAGCUGCUGUGGUGCGACCGCAAAGCUGUUGGCUUCUACACUGUUAAAUCUAACGGGCCGAGAAACGAGACGAGCUCUAUCUUUGAGGAAGGAAUGCCAACAUUAGACACCGCAUUCAUAUCACCUUCACAUAGACGAAGAGGGUUUGGCUUGUCCAUGCUAGAAGACUUUGUCAGCAACUAUCCAAACAUGGACCUGGGGUUCAGUCAACCCAUCUCUAAAUCUAUGUGGAAAGUCCUGAAGAAAUUUCUAGAUGUCAAUGAGUCCCUAAGGAGGAAGUUUUGGCUAAUAAAAGGAAACUGUGACGAAGGAAACAAAACACUGAUUUGGUUCUGUCUUAAAAGGAAUCAUUGGAAAGACGAACGUGCUGACCAGGGUAACAGAAGGUGAAGAGGUGAAAGACAAUCACUGCCACCAUAAAGAUGUUUUGAGCCAUCUUCUGGUAGUCUCGUCUCUCUAAAG